UCUCUCUCUUGCUUCCUAGCUCUCAGGUGACUGACUUUGCGGUUUGGGGCCAGCCACUUCUACGUGAGGUUCUGUUUAUCCUUAAAAAAGCGUUGCGGGGGUCACUGUAGUGGGGAGGAGCUGGGAUCCAGAAUCCUGGUUCUGCCACUUGUGCGCUCAGUCACCCCACCGCUCCCCUCAUCUGAAAAAUGGGUGGGUGGGAAUCCUUAUCCCGAAGGUGCCUGAGAGAGCCCAGGUGGGUUGGGGUGGAGGUUCCUGGGGUCGGGCGUUUGGGAACUAGUGAGCCCAGGAUGCGGCCCCUCCCGCGAAGGCCCGCGAGCCAAUGAGAACUGAUGCGCUCCCACCACCGCCCCCCCACCCGCCUCUCAGCUUGCUUAGCAACCAGGGAAGGUCAGGAAGCGAACGUGCGCUUCUCGCCUGCGGCCCGGGUGCACGCCUGCUGCCUUCGGGGGCGCGGGAGCCUGGGGGCUGCCAUGGCCCCCGGCCACCUGUCAGUGCGGGAGAUGAGGGAAGACGAGAAACCCCUGGUGCUGGAGAUGCUGAAGGCUGGUGUGAAGGACACGGAGAACCGUGUGGCCCUCCACGCCCUGACACGGCCACCGGCCCUGCUGCUCCUCGCAGCGGCCAGCAGCGGCCUGCGCUUCGUCCUGGCCUCCUUCGCCCUGGCCCUCCUCCUGCCCGUGUUCCUGGCUGUGGCAGCCAUGAAGCUGGGCCUGCGGGCCCGAUGGGGCUCACUGCCUCCCCCAGGCGGCCUGGGGGGCCCCUGGGUGGCAGUGCGCAGCUCGGGUGAUGUGUGUGGGGUCCUGGCCCUGGCCCCAGGCUCCAACGCUGGCGACGGGGCCCGGGUCACCCGCCUCUCUGUCUCUCGAUGGCACCGCCGCCGAGGUGUGGGCAGGCGGUUGCUGGCCUUCGCCGAAUCCCGGGCACGGGCCUGGGCGGGAGGCAUGGGGGAGCCCCGGGCCCGGCUUGUGGUCCCCGUGGCUGUGGCAGCGUGGGGCGUGGCGGGGAUGCUGGAGGGGUGUGGCUACCAGGCUGAGGGGAGCUGGGGCUGCAUGGGCUACACCCUCGUGAGGGAGUUCAGCAAGGACCUGUGACUCCGGACCCUGGCGGGAGGGAGAGCACCUAGUGAGCGACUACUGUAUGCAGGUUCUCCCUCUGGGAAUCCCCAGCCUGCCCGGGGCCCAGAGGCAGGCCUGCAGAGGGCAAGACACCCCACUGCAGGCUCAUGCCUGUCUGUAGUGCUCGAACUUUUCACAGAGGUCAACCUGUGCGGCCCCCUGAUCCAGAUUUUGUCUGCACUGAGAAACCUCCUCGGUCUGUCUGCAAAGGUCGCACCGUUUGUGCUCCAGCCUGGGGGAGAGAUGUGGGGAGGAGGAGAGGGGGCCCGGCCCCCUGGGUUAGGACUUGUGGGGGCACCCCAAAGGGGGACAAGGCCCUCUUGGAAAUGGGGAGCGGUUUGAUGACUGCUUGGAGGGGAUGAGCAGAGCCUUUGCAGAGGAGGGUCGUCCGCCCAGAGAGAGGCCCUGGCAAGGACAGGGUGGGCAGAGGGCUGCCCACGCCGGGCCCCUCCCUGGAAGGUGAGCCAAGAGGGGCGGCCAGACCCAUCUGGUUUUUUACACCCGAUUGUUAAUAAAGCCUGAAACUGCUG